CAACAAUCGUCCGACCAACAUAAAAGUGUGAUAACCUCAAAGUUAAAGUUUCAAUCUCAAAACAACAUAUCAAGAUGUUCCGCAUUAUCGCUGUGAUCUUUGCCCUGGUUGCCAUGGCUUUCGCUGCUCCCGGUUACAUUGAGCCCUCUUACGGAGUUGUUCCUGUGGCUCAUGUGGUUCCCGUUGUGAAACACAUUCCAGUGGUGAAGCAGGUUCCGGUGGUGCACCACGUUCCCGUGGUCAAGCAUGUUCCAGUGGUUCAGCAUGUCCCCGUUUUGAAGUCCUACGGAGUAGCAUCCUAUGGAGUUCCCACCUACGGACACCAGAUCUACCACGGUUAAACUUAACAAAACACCACCGAUAUCGACUCGACAUGAAUAAAUUUCCAA